AUGCCUUCCCCAGAUAACCUUAAGGAAAUUUUCAACCUCUACGAUGAGGAACUCGACGGUAAGAUCGACGGCACCCAAAUCGGAGAUGUUGUCAGAGCUGCCGGACUUAAGCCAACCAACGCCAUGGUAACCAAGGCUUCCGGACAAGAGUUCAAGCGCAAGGGAGAGAAGCGCAUCACCUUCGAAGAGUGGCUCCCAAUCUACGAACAACUCUCUAAGGAAAAGGAGCAGGGAACGUACGCUGACUUCGUUGAGGGACUUAAGGUCUUCGACAAAGAAGAGUGCGGAAAGAUCCUCUGCGCUGAGCUCAGACAUAUCCUUAUGGCUCUUGGAGAGAGACUUUCUGCUGAUGAGGUCGAUGAGCUUCUCAAGGGAGUUGAAGACGCCGAGGGCAUGGUCAAAUACGAGGAUUUCGUCAAGAAGGUUCUCGCCGGACCCUUCCCAGACUCUGAUUAA